GUCUCAAUGCCUGCGCUUUUGGAUAAGGUUAAGAUUUCUCUCUCAAAAAAUCAACAAUUGGUUUAAUUGACAAAAUUGUUUGUGAUUUAUUUUUUAUCAGUCAUUAUUUAUUUAAUUUUUUGUUCCAUUCUCAUCUCCUACCCAGUCUUUCACAUGAUAUUUGUUUACUGUGCACGUUAUUCUGCCAAUAUAAAGAAUUGUUUAGAUUGAAACAUUUAAACAUCAACAAAGUGUCUAACCCCACUAUACGUGGGUUUUAAGUUCUCAAGCAAAAUGGAGGGCUCAAACACCGACAAUCACACAAACUUAAACAAUAGCAAACAACCUGCCAGCGGUAGCACCGAUAUACAACCCACUUCCAGUAGUAAACAGUCAACUUCGACAGUGGCCUCAGGAACGGCUAAGAAAAAUGCGCAAAAAGAUUGGGAUAAUAUAGUUAAAGAGCUUCUUGCGGAGGAUGAAGAGGAAAAAUCAGCAGAUGAUCUUUUUAAAGAAAUUUAUUCUCAGGGAACGGAUGAAGUGAGAAGAGCGAUGGUCAAGAGCUUUACCGAAAGCGGUGGAACCGUACUGAGUACCAAUUGGAAUGAAGUGGGCCGAGGACAAACAAGUGUCAAACCACCAAAUGGCUGUGAAUUUAAAAAGUGGACUUGAAUUUUAUUAAAAAAUUGUCAUUUAAAUCGAAAA